GUGAUGAUGGAGACGCAGCUCCGACGGUGAUGGUUUCACUCUUCAGGCAUCUGGCGGUCGCGUGGCGAGUGGAUAGGAGGAGCGAAUUGUUUCAAGCUGGCGGCAUUCAUGCGUCGCAUCGCACGGCUUACGUGAACGGAAAGUGGCUCGUGCUUUCAUCCGAAGGCUCCGAACCUGCAGCCUCGCCUUCCUGGCAUCACCCAUCAUCGCCAAUACACCACCAUGGCCGUCGCAGAUGGAGCCAGGGAGAUUCCCGACUCUGAAGAGGAGCCAUUGACGUCUUCGCCCGACGUCGUUUCGUAUGACGCCAUCGCGAAGCCUGGUGAAACAGCGCGCGGGCCUCCCCAAGAGCCGAGAGACGCGUCCCAAGAUGAGGCUUGCAAACACCAAGAGUCUGGCGCACUCGUAUCGCAGUCGAGCUCACAAUGCCCUGGCAGCUUGGGCGUCGAUCAGCAGAAAGCUUCAAUGGACGUCGAGCCGUCCGGAAUCGUCGAACAAGCUGACCAACAGCCUAACCUUCUCUUAGCCCAAAACAACAACUCUAACGACACUCCUCCGCUCGAGGUAAUGGCGGACAAUCAGCCAUCACCAUCAUCUGGGACUGUGACGAGCGCGGUAUUCAAUGACAAGAUAGAAUCUUCUAUCACCGUUGCGCCUCAAUCAAUGGAGCUGGAUGACGCCCAGAAAAUGAAUAACGAACGUGAGCAGGGAACUUUCCCAGCCACCCAGCAUGGCAAGAGCGAUGUAGCGGAUGGAGAUGGGCGCGAAACGAUGAAAGAAUCCCUUGAGAAGCUCCAGCCGACUGUUGCCAAAGCCAAUGCCUCAGCCCUCACCCUCGCGCAAUCAGCAGAACCUAUGGAGAUCGACAAUGCUCCCAACGUCAAUGGGCAAGACAGAACGAUCGCUACUUCGCCAAGAGACGAUUCAGCACUCCCAGAUGAAGGCGGCCCACGGGUAUCUCUGCCGCGUGAUGAGGAGGGAUCCACAGCGUCGUCUUUGACACAGAAGCCAGGUGCCUCUAGCCAAGAAUCGGAGAUGGGAGAUGCCCCUCCCAAGCCCCUUGUCCAAGAGCAGUCACUACGAGAAUCUCUGCCAGAGGACUUGCAACACCAAAAAGGCCAUAUUGACAAUGCGACUGGUGUGCCGAGAAUGGAAGCCGAUGAGCCACCUGCCGUUCUUCAGCCGCAAUCUGUUCAAAAAGGGGAGUUCCCUGUCUCGGCGCACGUCCGGAUGCCCAAGCCUUCUAUGGAUUGGAACUCAGAAGCAGAACACGGGACAACAGAGGUUCAGGGAGUCGCCGCGCCUACACAGCAGCCAACCAACGGGACCGCAUAUCCCAGGUCGGAUAUGGACGUCGAAAACAUAGACCCCACAGAGAAACCUGACUCUACAUCGCACCCUGCUUCACUCCCAAAGCUACUCGUCAGUCAACAGCAACCAGCUCCACCGAAGAACCCCCAAGAGACUACCCUGGCCGAACUAAGAGCUCAAAAAGCUGCUCUUCUCGCCUCGCUCGCGGAACUUCCAUCCAUCCAAGACCUUGUCGCCGAGGACGACUCCUCUGAAACCGCAUGUCAGGACCCUUACGCCGAGCCCACAAAUGCCGAAGUCAUGGCUGCAGCCCACAAGAUCGUCAAGAAGCACAUCAAGCUGCUUCACGAGUACAACGAAAUCAAGGAUGUGGGACAAGGCCUGAUGGGGCUCAUCGCUGACCAGCGCGGCGUGCGGAUCAUAGAGGUCCAGGAUGAGUUCGGCGUUGAUGCGAAGGACUGAGGGUUCACGGCAUCCAUUUCGGCAGGGAUUUGGUUUUCACGGCGUCACGGCGGAUUUCCAGCAUAUGAUACCCAUGUUUCUCCGUCUUCACUUUAAUUUCCUAACCUAGCGGGACGAGUUCAAAUCUAGUGUUAAAAGCCUUCAAGGAGUCUCUCUUUUCGUUCUUCUUUUCUUCGGUCCUCCGAUAGAAUAGGGCGUAGU